CUGAUGCAGUUGCUGUACAGCACAGUAGGGAGCGACAAUCGACGCAUCCUGUUUCCCGUUAGCUCAUCAAGCUGCAAUAUUCAAGCCUUGACAUUGCGAAGAUGGACGCUGUUAUGGUCUAGACCAGGAUACAUAGAAACCACAAAUUGCAAGUUUCAGAGCUCUGUUAUGAGAACAUUUCCAGUUGGUCCAGGUGGAGGCAGGAGGUGUGAGUAGAGUGCAGUAGACAUCAGCAGCAUGUAUUCUGAGUGGCGCUCGCUGCAGCUGGUGGUGCAGAGUGACCAGGGCCACCUUAGUGUUCUGCACACCUAUCCCACCACCGUGGGCACAGAGGUGGCAAAUGCUGUGGUCAAGCCUUUGGGCACAGCUGUGAGCCCUGUCGCCACAGAGAACAUCCUAAAGACGGACAAGGAGGUGAAGUGGACCAUGGAGGUGCUGUGUUACGGCCUCACCCUCCCCCUGGAGGGGGACACUGUGAAGCUGUGUGUGGAUGUGUACACAGACUGGAUGAUGGCCCUGGUGUCGCCCAGGGACUCGAUGCCUCAGCCUGUUGUCAAGGAGCCCAAUAUGUACGUCCAGACCAUCCUCAAACAUCUCUACAACGUCUUUGUACCAAGGCCGGAGCAGCACAGUCUGAACCACAUCAGGCUUUGCCAGCAGGUUCUGACUGCAGUCCAGAAGUUGGCACGAGAGUCUGUUUCCAUGGUGAGGGAAACUUGGGAGGUGCUGUUGCUUUUCCUGCUUCGCAUCAACGACACAUUACUUGCCGCGCCCACGGUUGGAGUUGGCGUGGCAGAAAAACUGGCAGAGAAGCUGAUGGCGGUGCUGUUUGAGGUGUGGUUACUUGCAUGUGCCCGCUGCUUUCCCACACCACCAUAUUGGAAGACGGCAAGGGAGAUGCUGGCCAACUGGAGACACCACCCUCCUGUUGUAGAGCAGUGGAGCAGAGUGGCCUGUGCCCUGACCUCCAGGCUCUUGCGCUUUACCCACGGACCGUCCUUCCCACCCUUCAAAGUUCCUGAUGAAGAUGCCAGCCUGAUUCCUUUAGAGAUGGACAACGACUGUGUGGCACAGACGUGGUACCGCUUCCUCCACAUGCUGAGCAACCCAGUGGACCUGAGCAACCCUGCGAUAGUGAGCACCACUCCCAAGUUUCAGGAACAGUUUCUUAACUCCAGCGGUAUCCCUCAUGAAGUGGUGCUGCAUCCGUGUUUGAAACAGCUUCCCCAGAUCUUCUUCAGGGCCAUGAGAGGCAUCAGCUGCUUAGUGGAUGCAUUUUUAGGUAUAUCACGUCCCAGAGCUGACAGUGCUCCGCCCACACCGGUCAACAGAAUGAGCAUGUCUCCGCCCCCCUCCAUCACCAACACCACCCCCCCUCACAGCCGCAAGCAACGGCACACAGUGGUCACCAAAACCACGAGCAAGAGCUCAACUGGCAGUGGUAGUCAACCAACCAAAGCAUCCCAGCAGCAGCAGCAGCAAACCUCGUCCUCUCCGACCCUGCUUUCCAGCCCCAACCAGAGCAGCUGGGAGACUCGGCCCUUGCCGGCCCCAGCACGGCCAAAGGUCAACAGCAUCCUCAACCUGUUCGGCCAGUGGCUUUUCGACGCUGCACUGGUCCACUGUAAGCUCCACAGCGGCCUCAGCCGAGACCCCAGCAUGACCGCGAUCGCCACCCAAGUAGGUCUGGAGUUGAGAAGAAAGGGUUCCCAAAUGUCCACCGACUCCAUGGUGUCCAACCCUAUGUUUGAUGCCAACGAGUUCCCAGAGAGCUACGAGGCAGGACGAGCGGAGGCCUGCGGGACACUCUGCCGCAUCUUCUGUAGCAAGAAAACUGGAGAAGAUAUUCUGCCCGUUUACCUGUCCAGGUUCUACAUGGUGCUGAUUCAGGGUCUCCAGAUCUCAGAUUUUAUCUGCAGACCAGUUCUGGCUUCUAUCAUUCUCAACUCUUCCUCUCUCUUCUGUACCGACCUGAAGGGCAUCAACGUGGUGGUGCCCUACUUCAUUGCCGCCCUGGAGACGAUUGUACCAGACAGGGAGCUGUCAAAAUUCAAGAUCUACGUCAAUCCUACCGACCUGAGGAGAGCCUCCAUCAACAUCCUGCUUGCGAUGCUGCCAUUGCCACAUCAUUUUGGCAACAUCAAAUCAGAGGUUCUGUUGGAAGGAAAGUUCAACGAGGAGGAUGGCUGGCCUCAUGACCAGCCCGUGUCUUUCCUGUCCCUGAGGCUACGUCUCGUCAAUGUCCUCAUCGGAGCACUUCAGACUGAGACCGACCCGACCAACACACAGCUCAUCCUGGGUGCAAUGCUAAAUAUUGUUCAAGACUCGGCACUGUUGGAGUCCAUAGGUGCACAGACUGAAACGGGGAGUAUAGAUGGGAGUCACAUGACUGUGAGGAGUCAGAGUCACAGCCGCACCAACAGUGGCAUUAGUUUCACCAGCGGGGGAAGCAUGGAGGCCACCAGCCCAGACUCUGAGCGUCCUGUCCAGGCCCUGCUUCGAGACUACGACACGGCGGCAGGCCUGCUGGUGCGCAGCAUCCACCUGGUCACUCAGAGACUCAACUCCCAGUGGAGGCAAGACAUGAGCAUUUCACUGGCUGCCCUGGAGCUGCUGGCUGGGCUUGCCAAGGUAAAGGUAAAGGUGGGAGUGGACUCUGCAGACCGCAAACGUGCCGUCAGCUCUAUAUGUGGAUACAUUGUGUACCAGUGUAGCCGUCCAGCUCCUCUUCAGUCUCGAGAUCUCCACUCCAUGAUUGUAGCUGCCUUCCAGUUUCUCUGCGUGUGGCUCACAGAACACCCUGACAUGCUGGAUGAGAAGGAUUGUUUGGUAGAGGUGUUGGAGAUUGUGGAGCUGGGAAUCUCUGGCAGCAAGUCCCGACAGGAACUGGAAGUCAGGCACAAAGGGGAGAAGGAGCACAACCCAGCUUCAAUGAGGGUGAAGGACGCUGCUGAGACGACUUUGUCCUGUAUCAUGCAGGUGUUGGGGGCUUUUCCUUCCCCCAGCGGGCCUGCCUCCACCUGCAGCCUGCUGAAUGAAGACACCCUGAUUCGCUACGCCAGACUCAGUGCCACAGGAGCCAGCAACUUCCGCUACUUUGUCCUGGACAACUCGGUCAUCCUCGCCAUGCUGGAGCAACCCCUCGGCAAUGAGCAGAACCCGAGUCCAUCGGUGACGGUUUUGAUCCGAGGGACGGCCGGCAGACAUGCCUGGACCAUGCAGCUCUUCCACCAACCCAGAGGAGCUCGGGCCAAUCAGAGGCAGGUAUUUGUUCCCGAAGGCCGUCCAACCCCCAAUAAUGGCGUGGGCAUCAAGUACAACGUGAAGCAGAGGCCCUUCCCCGAAGAGGUGGAUAAGAUUCCUCUCGUCAAAGCUGACGUCAGUAUUCCUGACUUGGAUGACAUUGUCAGUAAAGAGGUGUGUUGUAUGGGCUGGCAGGAUGAUUCCAGAGCUACAAAUACACUGAUCAGUAAUUUCCCUCACCUGGAAAUUCAGCAUGACAAGCUUCGUCUUCUGAUGACCAAGCAGAUGGAGUAUGAGAACACUUUGGAGCGGCACAGCGAAGAAAUCUGGAAGUCCAAGCCUUACCCCGACCCACAGACAGACUGCAAACCCCCUCCGCCCUCGCAGGAGUUCCAGACUGCACGCCUCUUCCUCUCCCACUUUGGCUUUCUGUCUCUGGAGGCGCUUAAGGAGCCCAACAACAGUCGUCUACCUCCUCAUCUGAUUGGCCUGGAGUCAUCGUUGCCGGGGUUUUUUGAUGACAUCAGCUACCUGGACCUGCUUCCCUGCCGACCAUUUGACACAGUCUUCAUUUUCUAUGUGAGGGCUGGACAGAAAAGCAGCCCUGAGAUCCUGAGGAAUGUGGAGUCAUCGUCCAGCGUCCAGCCCCACUUUUUGGAGUUCCUGUUAUCCUUGGGCUGGCCUGUGGACGUGGGGCGCCACCCAGGGUGGACGGGACACCUGGAUACCAGCUGGUCCCUGAACUCCUGCUCCGACGGCAAUGAUUUCCAACAAACUGAGGACGCAUCGACUCCUGAGGACACGGGAGGUUCAGUGUUCAACGGGGAGAAGAAGGUUUUAUACUACGCUGAUGCUCUGACAGAGAUUGCCUUCGUUGUUCCAUCUCUAUCAGAAAAUUCCGAGGAGUCGUCAGUGCACAGUGACUCCACAGUGGAGGCAGACACUAACGCAGACCUUGUGCCCGGUUCACUCAAACAACCCAAUCUCACACUGGAGCUGUUCCCCAACCAUUCUGAAAACCUGGAGUCGGCCAAAAAGCUGAGUCCUUUGGUAAAGACAAAGAGGUCAUCGACUGGAAAGUCUUUCCCACCACUGGGUCCUGAGACCAAGGUGUUUGUGGUCUGGGUGGAGCGCUUUGAUGAUAUCGAGAACUUCCCGUUGUCUGAUCUCUUGGCGGAAACCAGCACGGGUUUGGAAGCGAGCAUGAGCAACAGCACUUCCUGCAGGUCAGGGUUACUAGAGAAGGACGUUCCUCUGAUCUUCAUCCACCCUCUGAAGACGGGACUCUUCAGGAUCCGGCUGCACGGAGCUGUGGGUAAAUUUGGCAUGGUGAUUCCCCUGGUGGACGGCAUGGUGGUCAGCCGCAGAGCACUAGGGUUUCUUGUGCGCCAAACAGUCAUCAACGUGUGCCGACGGAAGCGUCUGGAAAGUGACUUGUACAACCCGCCUCACGUGAGGCGGAAGCAGAAAAUAACUGAGAUUGUCCAGCGUUACCGCAACAAGCAACUGGAGCCUGAGUUUUACACCUCACUCUUCCACGAGGUGGGGGAGGGAAAGCCUCACCUCUAACCUCCCCUGCCCUGUCCUAACACUGGCUCACAAGCGCACACAGCAACUUACACACAUACACACACACUUGUCCUAUACUCCAUACACCAUGUACAACUGUGCGUACACACACACACACAUGCAGAAUCUUUAUAUUUAUACUGUACUGUUUUGUUAUUUAUAUGAAUACAUAUAUCAACACUGUCUGCCUUUGACUCAGAGAUCAAAGUGUCAAAAACCAUGCCACGGUGGGAAAAGCUGCAUUUCUAUGUCGCAGCCACUCAUUGAAGAUUUGAAUGGCUGAAGCUCAACAGUGACUGUCUUUCCCCGUUUAGGUUCAUGCUUUGUGGCAAAAGAGUUUCUGCUCGUCUUUAACUGCAAUACAAUAGUUAAACUGUUGGCCUUUCUGAAAUUGUAAAAAGUUUGUCCUUCAAACCCUGUGCUAUGAUUGAAUUUCAUGAUGGUUUGGUAAUACAGAGUUGUCCCAAAAUCCAGAUCUGCAUAUCUGUUUUUGUUUUAAUCAAACAGAUUUAUGGUUGGAUUUUUGCCAAGGAGGUAAACGUGUAAGCGUUAUAAAAAUGUUUUGUAAUAUACAUCUGCUGCUUCAAGGCAAGAGGCUUCCAGAGAACAAGAGAAAAGAUUGACCGCAUUAACCCACGAUCUAAUUUUACAACAAAUUGUCAUCGAACACGCAGACACCUGCUGAAGUCUUCCUCGUGCGAACACUCAUUCGGCCAUCGCAGCAGCUGAGCACACAAGAUAUCGCCGUUAUAUAUAUAUUUUUUCCAGAUGAUUUCUAGUAUGUGUGUGUGUGUGAGUGUGAUUUACACUACAAGGAGUCAUAGUGACCCUUAAAAAUCCAUACAUGGCAUUUAAAGAUUGAUGAGUUUUCUCAGUCAACACAGAACCCUAGAGCUAGUUUACUCUUAAUGCUUUGUAACAUUUGAGUUUACUGAUACUGACAGUAGUUGCAGAAGCUCCUGCAGUUUGCACUUGGUGUUUGCAGGGCUAAUAUGAAAUGACCACAAAGACAUUUUAGGUUUGAAAUCUCAACCACAUUUCCAAAAGGAGCUACAUCACAGUUAAAGUAUGUUGCUCCUCCAAACAACUCUAUAGUGAUGUAUCCAAAGGCCACCACACUCGAUGUCUCUAACAGCAUAUACACAGCUUGCAUUUUGGCUGAUCAAAGCUGUAUUUUUCUUUAAAAUUCUAAACCAGUUGUUGGAUAUACUCAGUUUGGACAGUAAGUGCAGUUUAGCCUUCACAAUUCUUAGUAAUUUUUAUUAUUUUUGCUUCACAAUUAUUUUUUUUCACUUUUGUUUACUCACUGUACGUUAGUUCGAUUCAAGCCCUCUCACUGUCUGCCUGUAACAAUGUGAAUUAAUUUAUCACAGCGAUGGAACAGGGCAAACACCUCUAGUUUCUUUGUUAUAUUGGAAAGUCUUAAUGCACUGAGCACAUUUUAUGUUUAUUUUCUAUUCCCUUUGGUUACCCUACAUGUCCUUUUGUACUUUUGUGCAUUUUGAAAGAACCCUGCUGAAGGAAGAGUUUUAUCUUGUGAAAUAUGAAUGAAGACGAGGCGUCGUGGAGUUUUUAACCUAUCAUGUCUAAUUGUGUGACUCACUUUUUAUGACGGUGCUUUAUGCACAUGCCUUUUUUUGGAAGGAAGAAGUAACAUUAAAUUUGCUUCAAAGAAACUACAUACAAUCAGUCAUACAUUGUAUCUUAUGUUACUCCUCUGUUUGAUCAUAUUUAAAGAUUUGCCAUGUACAGAAGCGGAGGAUAAAUAUGUAAAUAUAUGAUAGUGUAAGGCAUUUACAAGUUGUCUGUUGCAUUCCUCAUGGCGAGAUGGCGAGAAAAGUUAUGUAUGUAUGCAAUUAUGUGUGGGAGCAUCACAAUGGGUAUUGAAUGUAACAUGCAUCAAUUAAAAACUAUUAUUGACAUUUUAA